CAUCUGCCACGAAAACAUUGAUGCCCAUCGCUACACUGUUACCCUGGAUAACGGAAGUAUUGCGACAGAACAGUACGAAACAAUAUUUCGAAUUCAUCGAACUAGAUUCAUGCCCCGAUAACCACUAUGACAUACGUGCUUAUGAUUUCAAUGUUCCUAAUGGCAAUCCUAUAUUUGACCCAUGCGAAGCGCAUUUUGAAAAAAGCGACCAUCAAGUACGAAUCGUUCAAACAGAUGAUAACGAGAACAACAACAUCGUCUGUUACGGAGCUCUCGUUCAACGUAAUGCUGUGGUCACUUUAGCGGAAUGCGUCGUGAAUCUUAGCGCCGAUGAACUGAGAGUUGCGUUUUCCGAUUUUUCCAUGAAUGUUCGAGACGUUGUUGUGCAUCCUGAGUUUGGCGACGCUAGUGACAUCUUCGUUAACAACAUAGCGGUGUUGAUGCUGGAAUAUCCCGUGCCGUUCUUUUCUGUCUCUACGGGGUGGUACGAAGAUACAUUGGCCAGUGAAGAAAUGUGGAUCUCCGGAGAGUAUAAGGAACGCAUGCUUCCGAAUUGUGAUCCAUCCAGAAACGAGACAUUUGAGUCUGCAUCCGUUUACGCAACCGUGCUCCAAAACGCAGAAUGUUUCGAUAAACUACAUUCACGGCACAACAAUAACACACAGCAUCUUUGUCUGGAAGUAAACAUGACUGUAAUAUGA